GGCAAAGAGGAGGUUUGGCACGGAGGUGUUACGAGAUGCCAGAGACUUCCUGUGAGAGAGGUGGCCAAGCUCAACCACAACAUGACAAGAUCAAACAGCUGAAGGAGCCCCGCCCUGCUACACCUCCUACUCCUCAGCCUCCUCAGCCUCCUCGUCAGACCAGGGACCCCUCAGGAAGUCAGAGUUCCAGUAUGGAAGGCAUAAAGCAGAAGCAGCAGAGACCAUCAGUGCUGCGUCAGCUUACCCAAACAGCUUCCAGACGACAACACGUGCAUCCAGAAAAUAGUGCAGCCGUCUUCAUUUGCAAGGAAGAGGUAGAUGCUGUCCGUCUACCCCAAUUUUCUUCACCACACAUGGGCUCCUCUUCCAAGCAAAGCCAUCUUUUCCUCCCCUUGAGCAGAGACGACCCAAAGCAGAGCUCCGUCCAGGCCAGGCUUCAUGAUGGCAUCCCUGAGGAGAGCAGUGCCUUGUUUGUGAGUGGCCUCUGUCGCUGGCCCGGCUGUGGCGUGAUGUCUGAAGAUUUCCCUAGUUUCUUAAAGCAUCUCCAUUCUGAACACAGUUAUGGGGACAGAAGCAUUGCUCAGUGGAAGGUCCAGCAAGAUAUUGUUCAGUGCAUGGAAAGUCAGCUCAUCCUGGAAAGACAGAAACUCAUUGCGAUGCAACUUCAUCUGCAUCUCUCUGAACACAAACACACUGAUUUGCCCCAGGUAACAGAUGGAGACAGAGUGCAACAAUGGGGCAUUAAACAUCUGGAGGAGUUGUCCCAGCAUGGCUACAGCAUGGCUGCUGGUUCUGCUCAUAUUCUCCCAGAUUUGGUCCCCAGUAUUGAAUGUUAUAAAUACAACAACAUCAGACCUCCAUACACCUACGCCUACUUGAUAAGAUGGUCUAUCCUGGAGUCUCUAGACAAACAGCGCACUCUGAAUGAGAUUUACAACUGGUUCACUACCAUGUUCUUCUACUUCAGACACAACACUGCUACCUGGAAGAAUGCAGUGCGGCACAACCUCAGCCUGCACAAGUGUUUCGUGCGGGUGGAGGGAGGAAAGGGAGCUGUGUGGACGGUGGAUGAAACCGAGUACCAGAGGAGGAAGGGACAGAAGUAUCACAGGGACUGUCCUGUGAAGUGGCUCACCUCCUACCCCCGUUACUGUCCAGAGGACCCCUGAACACCAGCAGGUGGAAGCACUGAGCUGAGUCCCAUUCACAUGGAGAGGUGUACAGAACUGCAUGAAGAAUUAUUGAAAUGCCUGUUUUUGUUUUGAUUUAUUUUCGAAUGCCUUGUUGAACACUUCUGUGACGUUUGUUACAUCAAGAUGUUUUGUACACAUAUGUGUA